AUGCCCAUAGCUCAUCUCCCUCCGACUUUCAGUGGUGGUGGUAUCGCGGGACUCAGCCUGGCCGUCACUCUUGGGAAAUAUUCACAAAUCGUUGUCGACAUCUACGAGUCUGCUCAGGAGAUGGGCACGGUCGGUGCUGGUCUUGUCGUUUGGAAACGAACAUGGGAGGUUAUGCGUCAGAUAGGGUUAGACGUCGAGAUGACAAAGAGAGGAAUUUCUCAUCCCUCCGACGGCCAAAGUCUGGGGAUGAUUUUGCGCAGAAGUGACCAGCCAACUGAAGGGAGCGAAAUCAACCGCCUCGUUUCACAGUAUUCACCUAUACCUCUACACCGGGCUGCCCUCAUCGACAUGCUAAAAAGCCGUCUUUCCGCAUCCUGCACCAUACAUACUUCCAAGACUUUGACCACAUUUAGUCAAUCAUCCCCUGGACGAUAUAUCUUACAGUUCGGAGACGAGACAAUCGCCGAAGCAGACGUUCUUGUAGGGGCCGACGGUGUCCGCUCGGUAGUGCGGCGUGUUUUGUUCAAUGACAUGCUUGACGCGGGGACCGCCUUGCCAGAACUCGAAGAUGACAAGCUUCGUGAGAUCUAUCCCACGCACCCGGUCUUGACCACAGUGGCCGCCUUCAGUUAUAGUGGAAAGGGAAAGCAUAUUAUAGCAUAUCCCAUUGCACAACAGACUUUGAUCAACGUUCUGGCGUUCGACACUCAUCAGUACCACGAAGGCAAGGCCCUCCCAGGCAGAUGGGUGAGCGACUGCUCUAAAGACGAAGUCGUUGAACGGUACAGAGGCUGGGAGCCGCAGGUUCAGGCUAUGCUCGAUAGUAUGGAGCCGACAACUUCACGAUGGGCGGUGCACGUCUGUGGUAAGAUGCCACUGUGCGUUCGCGGGAAUGUGCCGCUCAUCGGCGACGCGGUCCAUGCAAUGACGACGAACGCCUCAGCAGGGGCAGGUCAAGCAAUAGAGGACGCCUUUAUCCUCGGCCGUCUCCUCGCCACCUUAGAAUCCUUCCGAAUCUCCACCAGUACAAAUAAACACGAGCUCAUCGCCACUGCCCUCCAAAUAUACCAAGAUGCCCGUCUUUCCGUGGCUCAAGACAUCGUCGCUAGAUCGCGCGAGCUUGGCAUGCUGUACGAAUUCAAUGGACCUGCAUAUGACGGAGCUGACCGUGCGGACGAAAACGCAUUGGAGCAGUGGAGAGAAGAAAUUGCCAAGAGAUGGGAGUUUCAGUGGACGGGGAGUCCCGAAGAUGAUUGGGCGAGAGCAGAGAAACGACUCGAGGAAGUUCUUGAGGCGACGAGCUUAGAGUAG